AUGGCCAUCCUUACAGCUCGGUGUAUCGGAACGGUGAACGAAGCAUUCAGAUCCCGAGUCCGGUUCUGCUUCCAUUACCAAUACCCGACCCGUGAUCAGCGUCGGAGGGUCUGGCAAAACUUCAUAGGCCGCGUCAAAGCAGUCGAUCAGCUCAAGAUCGAUCAGGAGUAUCUCGAAAAUCGUUUCGAUGAGCUGACGGAGAUAAUGAUGAAUGGGCGCCAGAUCCGGGAUACAAUCACGACGGCUCGCCAAUUUGCGAAACACAAGGGCUGGAAGAUGGAAUAUGGAGAGUUAAAACAUGUCAUCGAGCUUGCCGGGGAUCGUGGCGGCGGUUUCUAG